AUGAGGUUAAGGAGGACGUUCAAUUAUCAUCACCUUAAGAAGGGGAGAGUUCGAGCGACCUGGAACAAAUACAAUCUCUACAACCUCUCCAAAGUCGAGCGGACCAUUCCCAACUUCAUCCGCCGGACCUUCUUCCAGCAGAAAUGGACCGCGAAGGCCCUGACCCGCGCCUACCACGGCGAGCACAUUCGAGAGUCCAAGUGGAACCGUAUGUUCAGCCGCCGCCUGCAAUCUGUCGUCAACAUGGAUCCUGUCUAUAUGGCUCUGAACGACGGUUCCGAGCAGGCCACAGGUCGGGGCUCGGGCCGUGACAUACCCCGGGCAGAGGACGAGACGCCCUGGCACGAGAGGGGCCAGAAGCGCAAGCACAAUGUCAAGGGCCUCCCGCUACCGACGCCUUAUAUGAACAUGACAUUUGCGCCACUCGAGAGGAGGAUUGAUGUCGCCAUUUUCAGGGCCCUGUUUGCGAGCAGCAGUCGUCAGGCGAGGCAAUUUGUGAUUCACGGUGCUGUCAAGGUCAACGGGCAGGUGGUAGGUGGUCCCCCCCUAAUGACACAUCCGAGUUAUCUCCUGAACCCCGGCGACAUGUUCCAGGUCGACCCAGACAUGGUCAUGUACGCAACUGGCAGGAAGAAGCAUACACAUGUAGAGACAAAGGAGGGCAAGCCACCAGGCACGGAUGAAGAGGCAGAAGAGCCCGAGGAUGCAGCAGAAGGCUCGGAAGAAGCCGCCGCUGAGGACUCAGCAGAAGCAGACGCGGCCAAGGCAGCACCAGAGACCGACAAGGAGCAAGUGGCCAAGCAACUAAAGGUCCUCUCCAAAAUGGCCAAGGGUUUCCUCCAGGCGGAGAAGGGCGACCUCUCGGUCAAGAAAAAGCAGCAGAUUCGAUCCUUUGUCAAGGAGGCUCGCAAUAUCUCAUCGCAAAUUGGCCGCAAGGACGGCCAAAACGCCGUCACCAACGACAUCGUCGGCACCAUCAACUCGAUGCUCAAAGAACUCGUCAUCAAUGAUCCCAAUGCCGCCACUCGGGCCAAACAAUCUGGCGCCUUCUCCGCCGAGGCGACUGCACAGGCAAUGUCGGACGAGGAGGCGAGCCGGCUGGCGGAGAUGGUGCGGGAGUACGAGGAGAACCCAUUGGACGAGAGCAAGCCAUACCUCACACCGUGGCAGCCAAGGCGGUUCAUGAGCCCCUUUGCCUUUAUCCCACGAUAUCUCGAGGUGAACCAGAACAUAUGUGCGGCCGUGUACCUGAGGCAUCCGGUCGCGAGGCAGGGCUACGCCGAGGUGCCAAGCCCGUUCCCGCCGAAUGUGAUGCAGCUGGCUUUCAACUGGUAUCUAAGGAGAAGAUAG